AUGGAGCCACAGAACUCUGAUUCUCAGCAGUUUUCCUCCGCGCCCACUAGAAGGCGCCGGGGCGCUCGCAUUCUCCGCGCGAAGCCGAAGCAGCCGCAAUCAGCCCGGAGCCGAACCGCGCGGCGCUGCGGUGCGAAGAGCCGGGAGGCGGCCAGAGCCCUCCCCGCGCUGCCAUGGGCGCCCCCGCAGAGCCCCCGCAGGCCCGAGCUGCCAGAUCUUGCUCCUGAGCCCCGCUACGCACACAUCCCGGUCAGGAUCAAGGAGCAAGUAGUGAGGCUGCUGGCUUGGAACAACUGCAGUUGUGAGUCCAGUGGGGGGGGCCUCCCCCUCCCCUUCCAGAAACAAGUCCGAGCCAUUGACCUCACCAAGGCCUUUGACCCUGCAGAGCUGAGCGCUGCCUCUGCCACAAGAGAGCAGGAGUUCCAGGCCUUUCUGUCAAGGAGCCAGUCCCCAGCUGACCAACUGCUCAUAGCCCCUGCCAACUCCCCGCUCCAGUACCCCCUACAAGGUGUGGAAGUUCAGCCCCUCAGGAGCAUCUUGGUGCCAGGGCUGAGCCUUCAGGCAGCUUCUGGUCAGGAGGUAUACCAGGUAAACCUGACUGCCUCCCUAGGCACCUGGGACGUGGCAGGGGAAGUGACUGGAGUGACUCUCAUUGGAGAGGGGCAGGCAGAUCUCACCCUUGUCAGCCCAGGGCUGGACCAACUCAACAGGCAACUACAACUGGUCACUUACAGCAGCCGAAGCUACCAGACCAACACAGCAGACACAGUCCGGUUCUCCACCGAGGGACAUGAGGCUGCUUUCACCAUCCGCAUAAGACACCCACCCAACCCUCGGCUGUACCCACCUGGGUCUCUACCCCAGGGAGCCCAGUACAACAUCAGCGCUCUAGUCACGAUUGCCACCAAGACCUUCCUCCGUUAUGAUCGGCUACGGGCUCUCAUCACCAGUAUCCGCCGCUUCUACCCAACGGUUACCGUGAUCAUCGCCGACGACAGUGACAAGCCAGAGCGCGUUAGUGGCCCCUACGUGGAACACUAUCUCAUGCCCUUCGGCAAGGGCUGGUUCGCAGGCCGGAACUUGGCCGUGUCCCAAGUAACCACCAAGUACGUGCUGUGGGUAGACGACGACUUCGUCUUCACCGCGCGGACGCGGCUGGAGAGGCUUGUGGACGUGCUGGAGCGGACGCCCCUGGACCUGGUGGGGGGCGCGGUGCGCGAGAUCUCCGGCUUCGCCACCACUUACCGGCAGCUGCUGAGCGUGGAGCCCGGCGCCCCAGGCCUCGGGAACUGCCUUCGGCAAAGGCGCGGCUUCCACCACGAGCUCGUCGGCUUCCCAGGCUGCGUGGUCACCGACGGCGUGGUUAACUUCUUCCUGGCGCGGACUGACAAGGUGCGCGAGGUCGGCUUCGACCCCCGCCUCAGCCGCGUGGCUCAUCUGGAAUUCUUCUUGGAUGGGCUUGGUUCCCUUCGGGUUGGCUCCUGCUCCGACGUCGUGGUGGAUCAUGCAUCCAAAUUGAAGCUGCCUUGGACAUCAAGGGAUGCCGGGGCAGAGACUUACGCCCGGUACCGUUAUCCAGGAUCACUGGAUGAGAGCCAGAUGGCCAAACACCGGCUGCUCUUCUUCAAACACCGGCUGCAGUGCAUGACCUCCCAGUGAUGGCCCACAGGGGAUUUCUGACUCUCAGGCUGGGCCUGCCUCCUUGUCCCUGCCAGGAAUUUCCAACAAACCCCACCCACCCUGUGAGCACUCUACUGGCAGUCCCUGAGCCUCUAGUUCCUCACUCUUCCUUUUCAGAACCUUAUGCCCAAUAGGGGUUGUCCUGGUGACACCCCUCCUUUUUCGAGUGCCCAGAGGCCUAGUGGAGCCAUAACCUCUCCCACAGCCAGUGCCAAGUCCUCCCCCUCCCCAUUCUCAUGGGGCAGGAAAUGGGGGGAUCACUUUCCAAGUGCCAAAGAGCCCAGGGGGACUCUAAGAACCUAAGGUGGAAACACUGUCCUCUCAUCUUCUUGGGACUGAGGGGGUGGGGAAGUUCCCCAACACAUAAUCCCAAGACUGUACCCCUCACCCGCAUCUUCAGAUCCAGUACUCUGUGUACCUGCUCCAGCCCCACCCCUACAGAGAUAACUUGCGGCACUGGGGCUGGGGGUGAGGGCCGGUGAACACAUGGUGAAAGCCAUUCUUAGUUGUGUCUCUGCAAUGCUGUGGGCACAAAAGACGGAGCACCAGAGUCCCUGUGCAAACACCUAGACUCGCUUCAUGGAUUC